GCAAGGGUAAAUGUAAAUAAAGUCCAGGAAACGCAACUCAUAAACGGUCCAUCCUCGUUCACGCCUCGUUAUACGAUCAACCCAAUCCAUGGUAUCAAACGUAAAAAAUAGAAACUUGCUGAUAGAAGCCCGGAGUGGGCAUGGUGGGUUAGUGGAAAACGUGUCUGUGUUCUCUCUCUCUCUCUCUCUCUCUCUCUCUCUUUUUUUUUUUUUUCAAAGCUGUCUUAGUCGUUUAUAUCUGCAUCGCUGCAUAUCGGUUCCAUGAUAACGUUAAAAAAAGAAAAUAAGUUAAUUUGAAACA